CCCUCGGCGAUGGAGGAGGACCAGGAGCUGGAGAGAAAAAUAUCUGGAUUGAAGACCUCAAUGGCUGAAGGCGAGAGGAAGACAGGCCUGGAAAUGGUCCAGGCAGCUGGAAUAGAUAGACACCGUGUGACAUUUGUAUUGCACAACAAGGACCAUACUCUAGGAAAUUCUCUGCGUUACAUGAUUAUGAAGAAUCCAGAAGUGGAAUUUUGUGGUUACACUAUGGCCCAUCCUUCAGAGAGCAAAAUUAAUUUACACAUUCAGACUCAAGGUGCUCUCCCAGCUGUUGAGCCACUUCAGAGAGGCCUGAAUGAGCUCAUGAAUGUCUGCCAACAUGUACUUGACAAGUUUGAGGCCAGCAUAAAAGACUAUAAGGAGGAUCAAAAAGCAAGCAAAAGUGAAUCCACAUUCUAGUUCCUUAUGCA